AUGAAGUGUGGUGGGAAUGAUAUUGUAAAACACUCAAGCUGUCGUCUGGUUCCAUAGAGAGAGAGAGAGAUGAAGUGUGGCCAUCAUUAUCUAAUAAAUUCUACUACUCCUACUUACUAACUAUUUUUUACAGUUUCAUAAAACCAUGUAAUUUAUUAUCUAUCUCGCUAUCCUCUUCUUUCUUUGAAAUCACAUUUCUUGUCACAUUAAAUAUUCUUCACCACCUUCCCUCAUGUUCGAUUCCCAAUGUAAGAAAGAGAGAGAAUUCCAACAUCUCUUGUCUGCUAAUUUAAAAAACUCAAGAACUACAAAAACAAAAACAAAAAAAGCAACCAUUCCUUGGUUUUUUGUAUCCUCAUCCAUCAUUCUUCAUUAAACUCUUUUUUUUGUCAGUCCCUUUUCACCACUGUGUUUAACUUAAAAAGAAGUGAAGAAAAAAAAAAAGAGAAGUGUAAGCUUUUUCUUACUUCAAAUGGGAAGAAACUGCCACGGCGGUGGCGGUGAAGGAGCAAUCUUUUCCUCAUCUAAGUCCAAGAGAAAAGCAAAUGGAUGCAUGGCUGCUUUUCACCACUUGUUUGAUUUUCAACAUUUUUACUUCCAUUCUCAUCAUCACCUCACCAUUGAUUCUCCUUCAAGGUCAAAAGGCUUGAAGUUAAUAGAAGAGUCUCUACCAUUAACAACCUUUAAGGACAAACAAAGUUUAAAUAUUCCUGUAAGCAUGAUAGUGAGAACAGAGGUAGGGACAAAGAGUUCAAGACUGAGAGCUCUUGCGACUGAUAGUUCCACAUCUUCAUCUGAAAUAUGCAGCUCACCAGGAAGCAAAACACCAAACUUGGUGGCUAGACUAAUGGGUCUUGAUCUUCUUCCUGAUAGAACUGAUUCACUGUCAAAUCUUCAUGUAAGGUCGAGCCAUCAUGGAUCAAGUCGUCUCACAAACCAUAGAAUUUCCAAUAAAGGCACACGAUCUUUACCGGUGAGCCCUAGAAUCUCCUCUGCUCGGAAAUCGGAUUUCGACAUUCAUCGUCUCUCCCUUCAGCUGAACAAAGAGAAAAAACAAGAAGAGUUUAGGUGUUCAAGGCUGAAAGAGAUGAAACAAGACCAAGAAGAGAACCGAAGUCCGAGAGAUUACGCGAGGCAGAUAGUAAAACAAAUCAAAGAGAGAUUCGCCACUAGAAGAGUCGUCGGUAUGGAUAUAACAAACUCGGUGAAGAACAGAGAGGCAAGCGCAAGACCACCACAUGAGCUUAGAAGAGACACAACAGUUUCUUGCUCACCAAGAACCAGGUUUUCAAAUAAAGAAAACAAACAGAGCACCACUCGUAAACCUAAUUCCUCAUCUUCCUUCAGACAAGAACAGAUCAUUCAUCAGAAGCCAAAGCCAACAACAGUGAUUCUUGUUUCCAUGUCAAAAGCCACUGGAGAGAAACAGAGUCAGAACAGAGUAAAACAAAGGCAACUAAAACCCAUCAACCGAUGCAACAAGGCAGAGAGUGAAACAAGGCUCACUACUCAACGUCCCAUAAUAAAGUCUACUUCUCCAACAUCCGAUAUUCGAAUCAAACAGCGAGAGACUAUCUUGUCAGAACCGAGAGACGUUAAAGCCAAGCCUUCACACAAGAAGAUGUUCAAGAAAAUACCAAAUUCAAAUGUUCUUGAAAACAUCUCUGCCACAAGACCUCCUCAGAAACAGAUUAACGAAAGAGAUAGACCGAAAUCGAAUGAAGACGCAUACGUUUGCUCUAGUAUGAUACACAAAAUCGAGAAGAAUAGUCCACAAGUAGCCACUGAACUCGGUUCUGAAAAGGACUACAUCACAAGAAUAAUGAAUCUUGCGGGAACCAAGAAUAUCUCACCAACAACAACAAUGCUCGAUCCUUCGAUUUUUCGCAAACUAGAGCAUUUUGGAGAUUAUCCAUCAGGAUCAUUGGCUCUUCAAUGCAAUAGGAAGCUAUUGUUCGAUCUACUGAACGAGUUUUACGCGAAAAGAUGCCUAAACAAUCAUGGAUCGGAGCUAAUCAGCGAGCUUUGUUCCGCGGCUGUAGCGAGAUAUAGCAGCAAGUGUUGUCAAGUUCCUGGAGAGCUUGCUUUAAUGGACGUUGAUCACCUUCAACAGAAGAAGAACAAGGAGAUUGAAGAGGAAGAAGAAGAGAUCAUUGCAGAGAUUGAGCGGGAGAUCAUAGACGCACUCGUUCACGAAACAGCGUCUGAACUGAGACAAAUCAUUUAUGGGCCGAAGAUUUGAGACUAAUUAAGUAUUAGAAUAGUUUCUUUAUUGGGCAAUAUGUAUUUAGCUCUGUAAUUCCCCACAGGCCAUAGGUGUUUAUAUUAAUUUUCAUAUUAAAAUAUGAAUGAAUCCUUAUAUUUUUUUA